AUGAAGUAUCUGUCCGCAAUCAGCGUCCUCAUCACCCUCGCCAGCUCCACCCCACUCUGGGGUCCCAAUGAAACUCCAGUGGAUAGCAUGAAACUCAAAGGCGUGCUCAGCGUCUACGUUCCCUGCAUAAAAAACUGCGGAGUGACCAGUAUGGGCUGCACAUCGCAAACCGGGGCCGUUGCCGGCGCCUGCACCCACGAUCUGGCGACCUGCAUGCUGAGAUGCCAGAGGCUGAUUUAUCCUUCUCCACUUGAUCGCCUCACUGAUUGCACACUUGUUUCUGUCGACGAGUUGAGUUCUGGUUUGGCGAUUGAUAUGAUCGAGUUACACUUCAAGGAAUGUGUCAAGAAGUAA